AUGGAUCUGGCCUGGCCUGGUCUGGUCUAUCUCUGUCUGCCAUUAUUCGGUCUAAGACCAACUAUCUACUUACAGCCGAAGCACAACAGAGUUGUGAAGACGGGGGGAACCAGCCCUUCCAUUGAUACAUGUAUCGAGCGAGCCCUGACACAGCUACUCACAAGCUCCCAGCUUUCAGAUUACAAUAAAUCCCCUCGUCCCUCAAGCUUCCAGUUCAUCCCGUCCUCUCUCACUUCCUCUUCUCGUCCUCCGUCCUUCCACCUCUUUUGCUGGCUCUCUACCAUACUUGCUGUAGUUGCUGUCAGCUGCUUUGCUUCGUUGUUUGUGCUCCUCCAUAAGAUACCACUCAACAACCAUCCGUACCUACUCGCAUCCACCACCGUCAUACCCCCCCACCACCGACACCCACUUUCUGUCCCUCUCGGUCGGACGGGUGUUAAUAGAGUAGAGCUGUGCUCGCCUGUCAUCGAAGCUCCUCCCUACUCUCUCUCUCUCCCCGGUAGAGAAGACAAGCAGCAGCUCCCCUCCCAGAGCUACCCCUCGGCUCUUAAUCUUCACCUCUCGUGUCGAAUCGAUACCCCUCGGCUCAACUUCCGCAGCCCACACACCACCGCAAACCACAAACCAGCAGUCACAGCAGCACAAGCAACAACAACAGUUGCGCGCUUCAAACUUCGGUCUUCGGCUCAUCAGUCACCCCUGGCCUUGUACCCGCGCCGCCGCAUCCUGCUGCGCCUGAUCUGCACCUGA